UCCACGAGCGCUCAUGAAGUCACGAACAGCUGAUUGUCAGCAGCUGACGCGUCAAUGUUGCUGUGAUGCGUUCAUUAUGAUCGCGCUUAAUCACAAUGUCGGUAAAUGAAAGAUUAGAAGCCUACCGGCGCAAAAAACAUAGAGAGAAGAUGAUGAAGAAUAAAAACACCGUGAUAAACGCGUUUUCGUGGAAUCGCAGUGAUGAAAAAUCCGCCGAAGAAUUGACGAAAGACGAGGAGGUUAAAUUAUGCGAACAGCAGCUGGACAUCCAGGAUGACGUUUCGGAAGAUGUUUCGUUAGUGGAUUCGAAAAGUACAGUUAUAACCAAAGUAAUUUAUUUAUUAUAUUUUUUGUUAUGGAUUACGUUGUAUGCCAUCGCGCUGGAAUAUCAGUUCGGUGCUGUUUAUUUCGUAUUGUCGGCUUUGGUCUUUAUUUGCCUGAACACCAGAUCUGGACCGAAGCGACGAGGUGAGCCGAGCGCAUAUUCUGUCUUUAAUCCGAAUUGUGAAGCUAUAGAAGGGACACUUGACGCGUCGCAAUUUGAGAGGGAAAUAAGAUAUGGUGUAGGCGGAGUGCGAUGAAUUAAGAUAAUAUGAAUAUAUAUAUAGAUAUAUAAUUAAAUAUUAAGGUGGACAAUGCAUUUCAAAUUAUUUAAUAUAAUUGUGUUAAAAUAUAAGAUCAGAUAAAUGCAUUAAUAUAUGUUGCAUAAUGUAAUUCCUUAAAGAUAUAACUUCCUAAUUUGAGAAAAUUUUCUAUCUACAUUAAAAUAUUUUUAUCAUAAUAUAAGGAAAAUUUAGCGUCUUUUAUGUGAGACACAAAUCAGGAAUCACAACUGUAUAACUUUAAAGAGAAAGAUACGAAAUGUGAAACAUAUAUUAGACAUAUGUGAAAAUAGAAAUAAGAGAAUUAUAUUAUACUA